AAUGUGGUGGCUUCGUUUCAGUCCCGACCUGUUUUUCCACUCUGUCGUCACGUCACCUGUUGAGCUCUGAUAACCCGGAAGUGAGCCGCUCUUGUUGUCACCUUAGGUAGGAACCUUACAGGUGAGAGGCAAGCAGCUCGAGCUGGUGAAGGUCUUGGAAAAGAAGCAGCAAAAGAGCGAAACUACGCUAUUUACUCGACGUGAAGAUUAUUUUGUGGAGCUUUAUCUUCAUAUUUGAGGCAGAAAUACGGGAGAGGACCGAGUGUGUGAAAGAAAACAGCGAAGAAACAUGGGGCGCCUCGUUUCGCUGCUUUUGUUUCUGUGCGCCGCGACAGGUGGAAGCAGUUUUGAUGUCACAACUUCACCUCCAACUCUGAGAGUAAAAGAAAAUGAAGGUGUGGACAUGUCAUGCUCAUACACAGCAGACUUCGGUGCAGAUGUCAGGAUGGAGUGGAGAUUUGUAAACUCAAAAGGCUCAACACACUAUGUAUUGUUUGACAAAAAAAUAACAGAACCGUAUGCCAAUCGCGUAAAUAUAUUCAGUAGCACAAAUUUGAGGUUCUCCAAAGUGACUCGUCAGGAUAACGGCGAGUAUUUCUGUGAUGUGUCCAGCUCCAGUAGCCCGACUAAGAAUUCCAAGGUGGCUCUGACUGUCCUGGUGCCACCAUCUGUACCAAAGUGUGGAAUCCCCCAAACAGUGACGACGAAUACAUACGUCACCCUUACCUGCCAUGAUCCUGACAGUUCUCCACCACCAACAUACAACUGGUACAAAGGUACCACCCUCCUUCCUGCUGACCCGAGCAAGAAUGUUGCCUUCAAAAACGCCACCUACAAGCUGGACUCGAAAACAGGAAUGCUGGUGUUUCCUUCUGUUACCAAGAUGGACACUGGGGAAUACUACUGCGAGGUGAGCAACGACGCCGGUCCCUCCCAGAGCUGCAAAAGUGUAAAAAUGGAAGUCCGUGACAUAAACACCGGAGGAAUUGUUGCCGGGGUAAUCUUUGGCCUUCUGCUCUUGGGCGUUUUGAUAGGCGGCCUUUGGUAUGCCAACAAGAAAGGAUAUCUUCCCUUGAAAAGUGAAAGCAAGCAGCAAAGUGCGGCCUACCAGCCUCCAUCAAUGUAUGCUGGUGGUGGCGGUGAGGAAGAUAAUGGGGAGUUCAAACAGAAGUCAUCAUUUGUGGUGUAGCAGGCGGCAGUCGGAAACCUCUGUUAAAUAUUUGUCUUUGUUAAUUUUUUAUUAUUUUUUUUUGUACUUGUGCUUUCAGUGCUGUUUUUAUGAACCAUCUUGACUCUCCUCAGAUAAUGAUUUCAUUGUCACCCAUGUAAGAUUUUUAAGGAAGAGUUUUGUACAUUCAUAGUUUUAGAUUAAAUUUGGUUUUUAUCUGCUUUUUUUUUGUCUGCCAGCAUGUUUCUUCUUCUGAUUAAAGCUACUGCUUGUGUUCUUUUUA